AUGCCAAGAAGAAAAACAAUCGAUGAUGAUAUGGAUGAGACGUACGAAGAUGAAAAUGAUAGCCAAUCCUCUGAUAAUUUUUCGGAUCUAGUCGAUGAAGAGGAAGAAACAUCAUCAGCACCCAGUAAAUCAUCAUCAGUAACAAAUAACCGAACAAGCGAACCUAUAACGACAUCAUCAACAACAACCACCACCACGGGUCAAAAGAAGAGAGGAAGAAAACCAAAAAACGAACCCAAACCGAAAAAAGCACCAACAGGUAGACCACGAGGUAGACCAAGAAAGAAUCCAAUUGUAGUUACAACACCAACACCCACCAAGCCUAUAUCCCCAAUGGAGGAUACUCUUCUAGAUGGUGGACUGUUAUCUCUGGGACAGGCAGCAGUAUUGGCUCUCAACGACGCUGACCUUGAUCCAGGUUCAAUUAAAGCUGAUGAAGAGCUGCUACAUAAUUUAACAACACCAGUUUCACCCGCAACACCAUUAUAUCCACUAAAGAAACGUUUUUUGGCAACCAUGUCUCAGGAGAGUGAUAAAGCUGCCGAAACAACAACAACAACCACAACAAAACCUCCAACUCCACCUGCAGUAGUUGAACCAGCCCAACCUGUGAAGCGAAGACCAGGAAGGCCAAGAAAAGCGGACAAGCUCCAACAACAACAACAACAACAGCAACAAACAACACAAGACAAAAAAGAGACUGCUAAAGAUGAUUCAGUUAAAAUGACUUCACGACAACAAAUACUCUAUCUCAAAAAAUUGGAGGAAAAAAAGGAAGGUGAUACUGACAUUAAAGAAGAAGUAGAAGAGGAAGAAGAGAAAGAAGAGGAGCCACCAGUAUCACUAGAUUUUGAUAGUGAUGAGUCGGUGGAGGUUAAAAAGCCAAAGAAAACUAGCAAGAGGAAAUUGGUAAAGAAGAAAUCUUCACCAUGGACAAAAGUUGAAAAACUAACCGUCAAGUACAAGGGAAGAACUCUUGGCUCAUUUGAUGUGUCGCUUCUAGGAUCAGACUCGUCAUUUGAAUUGGACGUUGGUUCCACAGUGGAGGUGAAUCAAAAAAUUGCAUUGGACAAGGUUGAGGAUAUUGAAAGUUCAUCGUUUUAUAUUCUAUCAUUUUCGUCUAGGAGUAAAUCAGAGGAGGAUAAGCUUGAAGAAAUGUACAACGUUUUGGAGAGAGAAAACUGUGUUGGAUCGAUAUCAUUUGAUGACAGAAUUCUAUUAUUUAUACCAAAAAAGAGUAGAUUUUUGAAACCAUUGGGUCUAACUGAAGUUCAGGAUGAUCCAAGCAAAUUUAUUGGAGCUCUGAUGAUGAAGGAUGAUUCAAGUCCUGAGAGAACCUCGAAAAAGAACAAAAAGACUUCCUCCAGUAGCACUCCAAUAUUAACAACACCUAAGUCACCAACAUCAAACGAUGAAGAUAUUAAGAAGAAGCAAUUAUCAUUAUUAUCCAUCCCUAAAAUUCCAAAAAACAAAGCAACCUUGAGCACUCCAACAGGAGAAACUCCAGUGCAGAUGGAGAAUGCAUUCGCAGCAGAUGUCAAACCACUCGAUUCUUCGUCAGUUUCAUCUUUACUGAACGCUAUAGCUGCAGUUACUCCAACAAGUUAUACACCUACUACUGCGGUUCGUACUCCAACAAUGCCACCAGCCUCAAUGACAAGCAACAGCCCUCCAGGCUAUACGAAUCCACUCAUGUAUAGUAAUUUACCUAAGAAUGCUGUUGGUACGGAAAUGCCUGUGAUACCUCCUUCAAGCAAUAUUGCUCCAGGUAUGCACAUGUCACAACAAACACCACCUCCACCACCUCAGAGCAAUCUCUACGAAAAACCUCAAAUUCCACAAGAUGGCAAUUAUCAACAGACGAUGCCUCAAUCACUCGGAAGAUAUCCUCCUCAAGAAAAUACAAUGCCUCCAAAUUAUCCACCUCAUAACAUGGUUCCAGAUCAAUAUAGCCAUAGCACCACGUCAAGCAAUUAUCCUCCAAUGCACAUGCAACAACAAACAAUGCCUCCAAGCCAUUCCUCAAUGCCUAUGGACAUGCGACAUUACGACACGUAUGAUAACGAGUUGAAGAGAAAGAGAAUGACGAAUGCAUAUGUGGAGCCUCAAGCACGACCAAUUUCACCAAAGAGAAGAAAAGAUGGUCCAUAUGGAGUUCAAUAUCCAACUUAUCAGUCACCACAUCAUGACGUGUCUCCAAUUCCAAUGCCUCCAAGCUCAGCGCAGCCUCCUCCACCCCCUCAUGACAUUUAUCAUAGAUCUUAUCCAUCAUCUCCAAUUAGAAAACCUCCACCAACUUCUAGUGUUCCUCCACCACCUCCACCAUCAUCACCACCACCUCCAAUGGUUUCAUCGUCGGGUCAUCAUGCUUACAGUGGUGGACCACCUACUUCUGGGUUCUCCAGAUCAAAUACAUAUCCUCCUCACUCUUAUCAGCCACCACCACAACAAACGUCUCCUCCAAUUGUGCCACCAAGGAGACCUGACUCUGCCAACUUUGGCUACUCCAAUAAGCCAUAUUCUAAACCAUAUUACAAGGAAGAAACAUAUCAUGACGAAUAUGAUCGCAAUCAACGACCAUAUAAAAAGUAUGGCGAUGACAGAUAUCAACCAGGUAACGGAAGCACAGGUGGCCCAAUGGGUUCUUAUAAUCGACGUCCUGACAAUUAUUCAACCAUGUCAUCUUAUAGCAAUAUGGACGAUUACAGUGGAGGUGACAGCUAUUAUCGAAAGCCUCAUCAUUACGGCAAUGGUCCAAGAAGAUCUUAUAAUGCUCCAAACAUUCCAGAAACUUCACCAAAGAAUGUUCCAACUUCGGACGUUCAACCACCUCCACCUCCACCACCUGGAGCUGAUUUACACGGAGAUAAUGUGAAUAUGGACUACAAUGAAAAAGAAGAUCAUAUUCCUGAGGCCACAGAGCCAACUAGGCAUUUAUGGGUUGGUCGAUUCCACAAUAUGAAAAUGGACUACACAACAAUUCACAGCGAUUUUGAAAAGUUUGGCCCUAUUGACAGCUUAAACUUGUUGCGUGACCAAAAGUGUGCAUUUGUCAAUUUUGCUCAUGUUAAGGAUGCCAUCCGUGCAAAGAAAGAAUUGGAAGGCACUAAAAAAUACAGGAAGAUUGCAUACCAACGAAGAGAGAAAAAGUCGUCGACCUAUUCAUCUGACUACAAGAAGAACAUGAUGCCUUAUCAUAAGAACGAUUACAACAACUACCAUGGAGGAGGCGACAACUAUCGUCAUACUGACCAACAAUAA